CGUGCCUCGCGCCGUCAUGGCGGAUCUGUUGGAUGGGAUCGUGAUGGCCGAGCAGAGGUUCCACGGGGAGGGCUACCAGGAGGGGCUUGCAGAGGGCAGCCACGCUGGCAUGGCUGAGGGCAGGAGGCACGGAGCACUGCACGGAGCCAGGAUGGGCUCAGAGAUUGGCUGCUACCUUGGGUUUGCACUGACGUGGCACUGUCUGCUCCAGAAAUGCACAGAUCCAAAGAACAGCAAAAAGCUAAGGGCUCUGGAUUCAUUAAUAGGGAUGAUUCAGAAAUUCCCAUAUGAAGACCCCACUUAUGAUAAGCUGCAAGAAGAUCUGGAAAAAAUCAGAGGAAAAUUUAAACAGGUUUGUUCAAUGCUAAAUAUUCAGUCUGAUUUUAGACUUGGUAAUGAGAGAUCUUCACUGACAUUUUGAAUGCAAGAGAUGAAGAUAAUCGUGGAUGACCAAAGAAAAAAACAUGAAAAGAGCAGAACUGAAAAAGUGUCUAUCUACUUUUAUAUUAAAAAAAAUCAAAAUAGUGGAGAGAUGUUAAAAGGGAAGUGAAAAAUCACUGGAUUUGCAGUAUUAUUUAACAUUUAUUAUCUCCAAGUUUUAUUUAGGAUAUUACACACACUAGUGUGUAAAUCUGUUAAAUAGAAAUAUUUGUUUUAAUUCUUUGCUAGUCUUUUACUGAUAAUUCCUCAAAAGGAAAAUAAGCAUUUGCACAGUUUCCUUGUUUAAAGGAUGUCUGUUACUUAAAAAUCUGUGUAUGCAGAUCAUUCAGUUUACACCAUGUGUACAUGCUGUGAGUGAAGGAAAAUAAAAUCAAUUCCCUGCAGACUUUGCAGCUGGAAACAUUUUUGUGGGGAGAAGAUGGAAUGACAAAGGAGGUCAGAAUGCAGAGGACAAGGAUGAAGGUACCUGCUCAGAAUAUGGAAUUUGCACCUGGAUUUUCCAAUAGUUUUGCAGACUGAUGGGGGAAAGGGAGCAAACUCCACAAAAUCUAACCCUUCCCUACAAGUCACCAGUUUAAAUGGUGGAUGAGAUGAACAUGGCUGCCAGGAGUUCUCAUUGACUGUAUUUAUCAGUACCUCUCACACAGACCAGCUUUUUACAUGCCAGCCUUGAAAAGUGACCACUUCAGUCUCAUUCCAAAUCACUGGAUGCUGCCAGCUGUGUUAGCUGAGAGGAGUGCCUGGAAGAGGCUUUGCCUUGGGCUGCUGGAUGUCUCUGCAUUCCAGUGAGGAAUUCCAGAAUUCCUUUCACCACCUGUACUCUGUGUGUGUCUGACUCUGCCUUCGUGGCACGGUUCAGCCUUGUGAUUUUGAUAUGAAAUUUGAAAAUCAGAGACAGAUUUGAGGUUUUUGGUUUGUUGAACUGUCUUAGAUGUGAAUUUUGAUAGCCACAGGCAGUGUCAGAGCCAUCUAGUGGAUGUGUGGGAUUGUAGGAGCUCACAAGUACUUGUGUAGGUGAAGUGGUUAAAAUAGACAGUACAGAACGUACACACUCAUGAUAAUUCUAAUUUUGUGGAGAAUAUCUUUGCAAUGAAGUACCACUGAGGUAGGAAUUAAUUUUUACUUGUUUCCUCAUGUGCUAAAAUGUCUGUAAAAGUAAGGUCAGGGUUGUGAGAGGUCCAGGUGGAGCAUUUGAUUAAUAGAAGUGUGUGAUAUGUGGGUGACAAGCCAAGGUGCUGCUCCAGAGAUUGUAUCAAACACAAUUAUUUUUGUUCAGCUCAGGAGAGAAAGGGUCUUUGGCAGUCAGGUGGUGACUGUUAUUUGGAAAAUUGGUUUGGUGUUUGGUGGCUAAUUUUCUUGUUGCUUUAGUUCCAUUUAAAAAAAAAAUAUAAUAAAUUAUUAUAUAAAUACAUGUGUAUAUACUGAACUACAAGUAUUGUAUCAGCCAGGAUUUCCAGCUGGGAUAUAUCAAGUUUAGGGUUAUCUAUUAGGUCUUUAUUUUUUUAAUUAGGUCUUUAAUUAAGUUUCAUUUGUGUGGACACACUGAUGGAGUCUCUUCUUCCAUGAGUCUGUAUUUUUCUGAAUAUCUGCUCUUUCACACCUUGUGUGGGCCUGAUUUGGUUUAUUAAAUGAGGUACAGUUCAAAA